UCGCGGUAGCGGCAGUACUGCCCGGGACGGUCACGAUACGCAGAUAUUCAAUGGGAGACCGCGCAAAGUUACUCAGUAAGCUGUGGUAUAAGUAAUCGGCAUUUACCUCACGGAUAGUUAGUCGUCGGUGCAUCUCUGGAGCUCACUAAUCUUCCUGUCUUGCUCUUCUGUCGGAUCAAAAACAUUUUUUUAAAUAUUACCGUACAAUAUUAAAAGUACUAUUUUUAAAAAUGGAUAGAACUAUGCAAUUGACAACUACGAGAUACCACCAAAAAAAGAAUCAAGAAUGAGUUAUGAAGAAAAAGAAAAGAAAAAUUUAUGGCGUGAAAAAAAAUUAAUGAUAACAAAAUUUAAAGUUAAUAUAAAUAUUAAUGAAGAACUGAUGAGGGGUUGUAAGUGUGUAGAUCUUACAGGGUGGUUGGUGCAGCAGGUGCAAGUGUCAAUGUUGGUGAAGUCAACGUUGACUGGAGAAGUGUCAUACUGGCGGACUUUUUUAGAUGAUGGAACUGAGCUGGCUAAACGAAGUUACCACAGUGAGCACGAGGUCGACUCGCUUGCCAUUGCAGUGGGAUCGUCGUUGGUGCUUGCAGCAAGUGAUAAUAGAAGAAUUAUCCGCGUAUGAGUGUAAUUAUUGGACUGAGGAGAAGAAAGAAUACUUGAAGCAUCAUCGUCGAGAAAACUCAAGUACGGUGGCGCGGCGUCGGGUGCCGCCACCAGCAAAACGAGCAAAAAGUCAAAAGAAGAAACCAAACGAAGAAUCAUUGUUGGAGACCACGACGACCAGACAAAAAGCAAAAGCAGGGAGAGGUUCUUACAGAUGCGGUGCCCGGUGGGGCCAGCCCGCGGCGGCGUGACGCGAUGCGGACGCGCCCCUCCUGUACGAUUCUCGAGAAUCUUGGGGAAAAAAAAAAGCGUCGACGAGGUGAAACUAUUUCACACCAAAAAGAAAGACGAGGAAAUACUCGAAAUGCAACGCUUCUUCUCGUUGCAGUGGGAUUGUUGUGGACAAUGCGAAGUUGUGAUGCUCUUACAGCACCCGGCACCUCACAGCAACAGCAGCUCAAGUAUAGCUCACGUCAAGUCAGAACUCGUUAUGGAACAUUGCGUGGCAUCGUUGCCCGUUCCAUGUCUGUUGAAGGUGUCGAAGCUUAUCUUGGUGUACCAUAUGCUACGCCACCGUUGGGUGCGCUUCGUUAUAUGCCACCCGUUACACCAACUCAAUGGAGAGGUACUAAACUUGCGGAUACGUUACCUCCUGCGUGUCCACAGAAAAUACCAGGUUUGGAGCCAAAUCUGCCUCGUCGCAGACGGGCUUACUUCGAUAAUAUUAUACCUUUACUUACUAAUCAAAGCGAGGAUUGCCUAUACCUCAAUCUGUACGUUCCACGGCCACUCCACGGCGGUAGCACAGAACUGCUGCCAACUUUGCUUCUUAUUCAUGGGGAUUCUUACUCUUGGGGAGCGGGUAAUCCUUUGGAUGGUACUGCCUUGGCCGCCCAUGGCCGCAUCAUCGUAGUAUCAAUUAACUUUCGUCUAGGUGUCUUGGGUUUCCUUAAAACUGGUACGAAAGGAAGUGCCCAAGGUAAUUAUGGUCUCAUGGAUCUUGUUGCGGGUCUUCAUUGGCUUCGUGAAAAUGUUGAAGCUUUUGGUGGUGAUCCCGAACGUUUAAGUAUUCUAGGAUUAGGAACUGGAGCAGCAUUAGCUAAUUUUCUAGCAGUUUCGCCCAUGGCUAAAGAACUCGUUGAGAGAGUUAUACUCUUAGGUGGUUCUGCUUUAUCGCCAUGGGCAAUACAACGAGAUCCUAUCACAAUUAAACGACGAGUUGCUGAGCAAACUGGAUGUCUUGGUGAUGUUGAAACUGAUGAUAUUGCAAUAUGUUUACGAUUAAGAAGUAUUGAAGAAUUACUUAAUGUAAAUCUUGAUACCCCAAGAUUCACAUCAGGAUUUGCACCUUUUAUGGAUGGAACUGUAUUACCAUUGGGUUCUCAGGUAACACAACCUACUGCUUCAUCGGCUGGUAUUUUGCCAUUGGUACCAGGACCAGGCAGUGAAUUUGCUGCAUUAGGAAAUCGAGAUCUACUUAUGGGAUUAACAUCAUGCGAAGCAUGGUUGGAUUUAAGUGAAGAUGAUUUAAAAAAUGGUAUCAAUGCAACUAGACGAGACCGGAUUCUAAGAACAUACGUUCGAAAUACUUACCGUUAUCAUCUACAUGAAAUUUAUUCAACUCUGAAAAAUGAAUAUACCGAUUGGGAUAAAGAUGAACAGAGUCCUAGUGCAAUUAGAGAAAGUUUAUUAUCUUUGUUGGGAGAUGGGCAAGUUGCUGCUCCACUUCUUAGAUUAGCAUUAUUACAUUCAGCGUCGGGUGGACGAGGUUAUCUCUUUCACUUUCAACCUGGUGAUCAUCCAAGCCAACGGGGAGAUGAACUUCCAUUUCUUUUAGGUAUACCACUCCUUAGAAAUGAGCCAAGUCGUUGGCUAUACUCUGUUAACUACACCGUUGAAGAGGAAAGUAUUUCACGUAUGCUUGUACGUUACAUUGCAAAUUUUGUACGUAGAGGAGAUCCUAAUGAAGGGAAUCCGACUAAUGAAAAAUUCAUGAAAAAUUCACCCUUUUGGGAUUCUUAUGACUCGAUAAAUCAGCUCUAUUUAGAAGUCAGCAAAGUAACAGAAAUGCAUCCUCACUAUCGUGGUCACAAGAUGUCAUUGUGGCUCAAUCUUUUGCCGCAGUUACAUCGGCCAGGCUACGAGAUCAGUAUGCGUCAUCAUCAUCUGGCAGAAAGCCCAAGUCUUUACGAGGGUGCGGUACGACCUCAGACAAUGGCUCUGCCACUUCCACCACCUCCACUUUCCAUACCUAUGCCGACAGAGGCUUCCAUAUCUUUAAAACCUAUCGAAAGUACAGAGUGUGCUCCCAAUAUUUCAGUUAUGCCCAUGAGUACAGUGGUACCUACUCGUUCUACUCAACAACCACUACCUAAAUUGUCACCAGGACCUAAUAAUCUUCUGCGUAAAUUUGCAUCAAAUCAUUAUCAAAGUUAUACAACAGCAUUAACUGUUACGAUUGCUGUUGGCAUAUUUCUGUUAUUACUGAAUAUUCUCAUAUUCGCUGGAAUUUAUCAUCAGCGAGAUCGCAAUGCAGCGGCUGCUGCUGCGGCGUCUACAAAUUCAUCAAUAUCCGUGGGCUUUGCCGAACACAAAAAAAAAGAACGACUACUUGAAGCUGGAUGUUCCGGAGUUGAGUCAAUAAGUGCUAGUGGGAAAUUAUCAAGAUUGUCUUCGUUUGUCCUCAAUGACUCAUCUAUUUCAUCAAGUCCUUCAAUUCACAAACAUAAACUUGCGCAAGAACUCGAACUACAAUUACAAGAGUUUCAAUGUUCGCCACCACCUGGUGGAGGUAAACGAAUGUCUUUAGAUCCACCGUCCUACGCUAUAAGCAAGAGUCCUGGUAUUACUCGUAGUCGAACGCCUUCACCGUGUGUUGAUGUUGCAGCACAAAAUAAUCAAUUAGAACCACAUGAUCGAGGUAUAGUUGACGAUGACGAUGAUGAUGAAUUUUUGCCUGAUCCACCUCCACCGCCUAAGGUACCUGCACCUAAUGUUUGUUCGGGAAUUCUGCGACAACCUGGAACACCAGGUAGUGCUAAAAAGCGUGUGCAAAUUCAGGAAAUUUCAGUGUAAUAAAAUUAUACAUUUAUUAAUAUAAUGGAUUUGAUGACAUUUUCCAUCUCAGGGUAGAGAUAUAAACUAUUGAAUGUUAUUUGCAUUUGAUGUCAAUGCCGUGUGGAAUUAUCCAAUGACCGAGGAAUUGGACUUGUGGUAUUUUUCAAGAAAAUUAUCAAUUUGUUGUACUAAUUAAGUUAUUUUUCAUUGUGGAACGCUUACAAAUAUUUAUAUCAAAUGACUAUAUACAACUGCCGUGUUAUAACAAAUGCACAUUAUAUAGAUUGACAUAAACACUAUAAGGAUAUAUAAUAGCAUUUUGUUAGAACACAUUACUGUGUAUUAUGAAAAAAAAUCCUUAAAAACUUAUGAAAAACUCAGAGAUGAAAUAAUUUUUGAAUCUUGGUAAUGUUUUUUCUGUUUAAAAAUAUAAAAAAACGUUUUUUUUUUUUUUUUUUUUUUUAAUAAAAUCAAAAUUGUAAAAUUUGCUUAUUAAAAAAACAAAUUGAAAUUUUCAGUAGAUCAUUACCAAGAGUUAAUAAUUAUUUCUGUUAUUGAAUUUCUGACGGGUUAAGCUAACGCACAUUACAUUGAAAAUUAAAGUGUCAUUUGGAUUAUCAGUUUAUUGAACAAACGGUAAAUAAUCAAUAAAUAAUAAUUUAUUAUACAGUAUAUGUGAGUGUAUGUAUCAAUAUGUAUGAGUGUGUGUGUAUGUAAGAGUGUACUUAUGUGUGUGUAAAAGUAAGAGAAAGAAAAAAAUUUUUCAAACAAUAAGUUGACAAUGAAAUAAUUUAUUAAUUUAAAAAUUAAAACAUAAGCGUGUCAUAGGUACUCAUUAUUACCUAAAUAAGUUAAUAAAUAACAUGUGUAUUAAAAGAAAGUGAUAAAAUAAAAUAAAACCCGUACGAGGGGCCAUUCAUUAACAUUACCAGCCUAUAAUAGUUUCAAAGAUGCGCUAUAUAAAAUAAAAAUUGUAAUCGCCAAUAUGAGAUUAUGUUUCCAGUAAUCAAUCAUUUUUAUGCAUCCACCGAUUGUUCUCAAUAAUAAAAAUAAAUUUAUGAAUGUUUCAAAUGUUGAAAUUUGAUUAAAUAAAGAAUUAAUGCAUUAAACAUGCGUAUAAAUUUCGAAGGUAUUAAUUUUAUAAACCUUUCUAUAAAUUUUCCUCGUUACUCUUGAAAAUACACUUUCACCGCCGGUGAAAAAAAAAAAAAAAUGAUAAAUAAAAUGCAAUAUAUGCUCUAACUCUUGUAUUCGAUUAAAGCAUCUUGAUAAAACUAGUGCGAGCGACAAUGACGCCGGUUCAAGCUGACAAAGUGGAUUAGUUUAGCUAUUCGGAAGACACCAAAGGCAUGUUCAUGUACAUAAAGUACUCAUUUUAUAUUGUUCUUCAACCUCAAUUUCAUAUAUCUGAUAAUAAAUAAUAAUUUAUAAUUUAAAAAUCAUAUUAUUUUUUUCAUUAUAUUAAAAAUUUUUUAAUUGGAAUUAAAAUUAAGUUUUAAAAUUUUUAUUUAAUAUAAAUAUCAAUAAAUAAAAAUUCUUAUAGAUCUUUUUGU